CGCAAUGGAAAUACUAUUAGGAAUCGAGCAUCUUCACCAGAAAAAUAUUAUAUAUCGAGACUUAAAAGCACAGAAUGUUCUUCUUGACUCAGCUGGUCACUGUCGAAUCAGCGAUCUUGGCUUGGCGUGUUACUUGGAGCCUGGCACGUUCAAGGAAAGUACGACGGGAACGAUUGGUUAUAUGGCGCCUGAAGUUCUUAAGAAGGAAAAGUACGGACUUUGGGUGGAUUGGUGGAGUUUUGGUUGUUUGCUUUUUGAGAUGCUGAAAGGACGACCUCCUUUCUCGGAAAACCAUAAGUUAUCUCGCAGAGAAUUGAAAGAUAAUACACUUUUUAAGGAGGUGGUCAUUCCAGAAUAUAUCUCUGAAGUUGCCGCUUGUCUAAUUAAAAAGUUGCUCGUGAAGAAAAAAGAAGAGCGGCUUGGGUUUCUGGACGCUCUUCUUAUUAAAGAGGAGUUGUUUUUUAAGUCCUAUUCUUGGUCAGCUCUCCAAUUAAAACGUGUUGAUCCGCCAUUUUUUCCUGAAGAAAACCGUAUUUUAUCGUCAGGAGUCUCAACUUCUUCAGAUGCGAAAAGUUGCGGAGUAUAUUAAUAUUGAGCUUUCACUGCGCGACCAAGAAAAGUAUACGAACUUUAACUGUAUUAUUAGUCGUGAAUGGCAGAAAGAAGUCAUCAAUAGUGGAGUUUUUAAGGAGAUAAACGAUACAGCUUUGGAUAUACCAAGUUCUCUACGAAACAGGAUAAACAAACUUUUUGAAAAAGUGCAAAAACUUGCUUCCAAGCUCAAACUCCGAGAAUAUAAAAUCCAAACAGUCAGCGAGCCACGGGUGGAACAGGAAAAAAAAACGGAUCCGCUCCUUUAUAACUGCCAAAAGUUUAGAAAAAUUAAAUUUGGAAGAAAAAAAUUUACACCCAUCCAUGCAGCUUUGGCUUAUGCUGUUCAUUUAGCCAUUGCUGUUCCGUUUCUUUUUGGAGCCGACGAUUCUCUUCCGCACACAUCUUUAAUUAAAGCAACUGCAAUCAUUAAUGAAAUUGGAAAAAAAAUGCUACUACACCAGAUGCAAACAGCAAUGAAAGAAUUUCAAGAAGAGGAAGUAAUAAAUUAUAAGGAUAAGGACAAAUACUUCAGUAGCGAUAAAGAAGUGUGCG